UGAUUCCUCUCAGGAUUACUAUGGGACUUCCCAAUGGAAACUAUCGACCAGAAGAGAUGGCCUUAUUUGAACCAAUUUCUUUGCAAGAUAUGUGUAUUCAAAAUAUUACUUCUUCGGUAUCAUGUAUAGCUGAACUGUAUAAUGUAGAGUUGGAUAUUCAUUGUAUGCUUUUAAGAGAUGUAAUAGAGAAAGGUCGACGCUGUAUUAAUUUUGAAAAUAUCUUUCCCACAGAGAGCAGAGAUUUAUUUUGUGAUGAAAGCUUAACUAUAUAUGAAAGAAUUCGAUUUAAUAAGUGGUUUUCUAAGCAAUUUAUUGCAGGGAUUUUAUUCGAUGAUGAUGUUAUGUUUCUCUUACGCCUAAAGAUUGAACAUAUCACACUUAUAAAACAUAUAAUUAUUCAAAAUGAUGAGUCUAAUAUUUAUUUGAAAAGUUGUAACAAAAGUUUAGAAUUAUGGUUACAAUGUCAAUGUAAAAUUUUCAGAAAAUUAAAUCAUUUCUUAUGUUUUAAUGAAAGAGAUACCCUUUCUUCUAUGCGAAAUGAAGAUAAUUGGUGUGAGAUAUGUCCUCAAAGUCCUCUGUAUUCGAUCUGCGACGACAGAUUAUGUUGCAUUUCUUUUGGGGACUUGAUACAUAAUUGCCCCCGAAUUAACUAUGAUAAUUGUUAUAAUAAGUGUUGCGGGGUUACUUAGAAUAGUUGUCUUUCAAUUUUCGAAUUUAAAAAUUCUGAUACAAUAUUGUCAUAUUUUGAUUGCUCAUUUUUGAUAAAACCCCAUGUAUGUUUUCGAUGGAAAAGGGGAGAAAUUUAUGAUGAUUUAUAGAAAAGGUUUUCUUUUAUUUAGCUGCUCAUUUUUAUUUUUGAUGUAUAAUGCCUUUAAUUCGAUUUAUGUUUGUAACAGGAGUGUGAAAUGUGGCUUUUGUUUUAUUUAAUUAUUCAUUGUAUCAUGCAUGUAACAUUUCAUAUGGUGUAAUGUAAUCCAGGAUUACUUUUUCUUAUAUGUGAAAGGAAGGUAAUGGGUUAGCCUAGCCCUGUGUAUUUGAUUAACGACGAAAGCUUUUUGAUUUUCCAAUGUUCUUUUAAUUUUUGAUGCAACUCGAUUUAUGUUUGUAACAGGAGUGUGUAAUAUGUCUUUUGAUUUAUUUGAUCAUUCAUUGUAUCAUGCAUACAGCAUUUUGAUUUGAUAAGCAGGAUGAUUCUUUAUUUUAAAUGUUAAUUUUAUUUUUAAAAAACACGUUUGUAUUAAGCUUUUGUAACCCUUCGUAAAAAAACAAUAAAAAGUGACCACA